AUGUUUUCGAACUUUGCCAGUGCGAUAUCUGGUAAUGCUCCAGACAAGACAAGCAAAGAUGAGGGAGCAUCGCUUACAUCGGUCCUCGAAACACCCACACUACGCGUCGAAUUGGCACUCCUCGUGCUCUUAAGCAUCGAUGCCAUGCGAACCGAUAUCACUGCUACGUUCGAGCCAUACAACAAUCCCGAAUCGAACCCCUCCGUUGCGAGCCGAUCGUCUGCACCCAAUACAAAGACACCCACACCAGACCUUAUAAGCCUCGACGAGCCGAGACAAACUGCGAUAAGACCCUCCCCUUCAAGGGAAAGAUCACAAGAGCAUGAUUCUACCCAAAUGCAAGCUUUGCGACGAAGCGCUUUGACAUUCUUCGAUAAAUGGCGCGCGAGUGUUAUGCACCGCAUAUGCGAUGUUGUCUCUGUUCGGGGUGAGACUGUGCGACAGGCAAAAGCGAAGCGAAAGCAAAUAUCGGAGCAAAACGAACGGCAAAAGCAGGGCAUCUCCUCGCUUAUCGAUUUCGACGACGUCGACCCUUUUGCCAACGCGACAUCUAAGCAAUCCGAGAAUACAAAACAUGGUCAGUACGAGGUCAUAGAGACUAGACUGCUGGCUCUUGAGGAAAAGAAGCGUGUCUUGAUCUUGCAUUGCCUUUUGCUUCUCUUGCUGAGCUUGGAACAAUACUCGGCACAUUCGCGCAUCUUGCUGCUACGUCUCGCAAGUAGUCUGAAACUAGAGGUUGAUCUGCUAGGCGAGCAUGAGAGGUCGGUUGCACAAGGCCUCUUGGCAACGGCUGCCUCACAGAUGGACGCCGAAGCAACAGCAAAGAAUCAAGCAUCCAACGAUGCCGCGUCACGCCGCUGGAAGGUUGGCCUCGCAACUGUAGGCGGUGCAGUUCUGAUCGGCGUCACGGGUGGUCUUGCUGCACCCCUACUCGCCGCCGGCUUAGGUACAGUCAUGGGCGGACUUGGCCUUGGGGUCGUUUCAACGUACCUUGGUGCGUUGGCGGGUAGCUCAGUGCUCGUCGGAUCAUUGUUCGGGGCCUACGGUGCCAAGAUGACGGGGCGUGUAAUGGAGCAGUACGCAAAGGAAAUUCGAGACUUUGAGUUCCUUCCAGUCCAAGAUCCCGAUCGACCGGCAAACCAGCGCCAACUCGAUUGGGCUGAUGAACAAGAUGCCCGUGACCCUCAGAAACGUGAACAACAUCGAUUGCGUGUCUUUAUUGGUGUCAGCGGGUGGCUGAACUCGCCAGCUGAUGUCAGUAAGCCCUGGGAAGUGGUCGACUCUGGAACUACUGAGCCAUUUGCGUUGCGUUUCGAGCUUGACGCCAUGCUGCGUCUCGGAAACUCACUCAAUGACGUUCUUUUCGGAUAUGCUUUUGACGGUGUCACGUAUGCUGUAGUCAGUCGUACGCUUCUCGGAGCCUUGUACGCCGGUCUAUGGCCACUCGGCCUUGUCAAAGCUGCCAGCAUCUUGGAUAACCCCUUUAGUGUUGCACUUGCUCGAGCUGAUAAGGCUGGUAAGGUUCUCGCGCAUGCUCUUAUCGAUGGCGUGCAAGGAAAGAGACCUGUAACCCUCACCGGGUACUCGGUCGGCGCGCGUGUUGUAUAUGCAUGUCUGAUUGAGCUUGCAGAACAACACGCAUUUGGUCUCGUCGAAUCCGCCGUUCUUAUGGGUACUCCUGCACCAGCAAACCCCAAACGCUGGAGGCAAAUACGAUCGGUUGUUGCAGGGCGUAUUGUCAAUGUCUACAGCAAGGAAGACUACGUACUCGGCUUCCUCUAUCGGUCAGCGAAACUGCAAGUAGGUGUAGCAGGUCUACAGGAAGUCGAGGGCGUUCAUGAUGUAGAGAACGUCGAUGUGAGCAAGCUUGUGAGUGGGCAUGACAGAUACCGGUACUUGGCGGGUACGAUAAUGGUUAAACUUGGUUUUGGUGAUGUGGAUUUCAACAAGGUGGCUGAACAAGAACGCGCUCUUGAGGAGGCAGAAAAGCGAAAGGCUCGGGCCCAAAAGGAGGCUAAACGCAAAGCAGCAAAUGAGCAAACGCAGAAGCCUAUCCCCCAACCUCAACACCGGCCAGCCCCAACUACUCAAGACUCUUCGAACUCUCUGAUAGACUUUUCGGAGCCAGAACCUGCACCUGCUCCCGAAAGCAACUCCGAACUGUCUGGUUUGUCUCUCACACCCUCUGGUACACAAGAGGAUCUUUUUCCAAACGUCAAUGCGUCAGCAUCGGUUUUAUCUAACGAGCCCUCUCUGGACAGGUCUAAAAGCAUUUCUAACCCUACAACGUUGGUGCCAGACUCACACGAUCAUUUCAACACGGAGAACUCGGUCGUCCGCUUGAAGAAAAACGGCACUAACGUCGCUGUUACUGAAGUCCUUGUCCUGGAAGGAUGCGAUACUACCAAAGAUAAUAGCACCGGCGAUGAACAUCAAGAUGACUUUGAUGAUUACGAUUACGACGCUGAAGAAGUUAGUAGUGAGUUCGGCGAACUAAGUAUGGUCGAACCGUUGCCCAUGGACGACAACGACUACGGCUUGAUCCCAUUGUUGAGUAACAUGUCCACCGCCUUAACAGCAACGCGUCCUACGCCCACACCACCGCCGCCAUCCUUCUCCAAACUCGGCCCAAGCAUAUCAAUUUACACUCCACCAGCAUACAGCUCUGGCGAGCUUAUCAUUUUGUGCACAUGGCUUGGCGCUGCACGGAAGCAUAUCGAUAAGUACGUCACGUCCUACCGUACUAUUGCUCCCAACGCCAAGAUUCUGCUUAUCCAAAGCGAUGUGGCAACGGUAACAAGCUCUUAUCCUACGCAACGCAAAGCUAUAAUGCCAGCUGUCGAAGUAGUGCGCGCGGUACUUGGUGAAUGCACUUACCCGGCAUGUAUCGCCGCGUCUGUGUUGGAACAUCAAUCAAAGAAGUAUCAUGGGCCCAGAAUUCUUCUUCACACCUUCUCAAAUGGCGGUCCAAUCUCUACCACUGCACUACUACUCGCCUUGCAUACUCAGACCUCCGCAUCCCUGCCUUUGGUUGGCAUCAUCAUGGAUUCAGGACCCGCAGCAGGCUACUACUGGAAAUCCUACAACGCCAUGGUUUUGUCACUACCACCAGGUGUCCUGCGGUAUGCCGGCUAUGUAUUCGUACAUGGGAUCCUCCUUGGUCUGUUUGCGAGCGUGGCAUUGGGACGCUACGAGUAUCCAGAGGUCUUGGUUCGCCGGACACUAUUAGAUGAGAACUUCGUGUGUGGAGCGGAGAACGGCACGAAGAAGAGAAUAUGCUAUCUGUAUAGCAAAGCUGACCGCAUGACGGAUUGGAAGGAUAUUGUUGAGCAUGCGGAUACGGCGAGAGAAAAGGGCUGGGAUGUCAGUGAAGUUGUGUUUGAGGGAACGGCACAUUGUAAUCACUUUGUGAAGAAUGAAGGAGUGUAUGUGGGAGAGAUGAGGAAAAUGUGGAGGGCCUAA